AUGAAGAGUGACGCUCCAUAUACCAAGCAUCGAUUCUAUCAACUUGUCAAAGUCUACCACCCCGACCGACACAACCAUGCUCCCAAUACCGACAACAUAACACACAAGACUCGCUUAGAACGGUAUCGCCUCAUUGUUGCUGCCAACGACCUCCUUAGCGAUCCCUCUAAACGUCAGCUCUAUGAUGUUCAUGGUGUAGGAUGGACUGGUGGUCGCCCUCAGACACUCAACGAAACUGUCCGCAAUGCUGAUCGUGCCUGGCGUCACAGAGCCGGAUCUGCAGCACAUAAUGCUACAUGGGAAGAUUGGGAACGAUGGUACGAUGCCCGUGAUGGCAGAGUCAAGGAUCCUUUAUACAUGUCUAAUGGCCUUUUUGCCACUCUUGUCGUUGCUAUGUGCAUGAUAGGCGCUUUUGCUCAGAUGAGUAGAGCAGAUCAGUACGGCGCCGAUCUUGUGGAAAUGAAGAACCAGUCCAACCUUGCCAUUGGGCAGCAGGUUGCCCGUCGUAAUACAAUUGCGGCGGGUAGGUCCAAGGAUGAAAGAGUUGAUAUGUUUUUGAAGGACAGAGAGAACUUGAAUUAUGCUUUCCAGCCUGGAAAGUACGACAACGAAGUGCCGCAGGUAUCUCAAGGCCAUGACCCUCGCCAUGAACAUAAUGGAAAGGCGUGA